CACGGCUUCUUGGGGGUAGCCACGGCAGGGUGGGUAGAACGAGGGGCUGGGUCCCCUAGUGGAGACCCAAGUGGAAUAGGCAAGAACGUCAGUGCCUGGGGACACCAUUACUUCCUGCCUCUGGGUCAGAGCCUUACCCAGCUCCAGAACCGGCUCCCAGGGAGAACUUGGUGGAACCUCAGAAUCACUGGGUCGAUCUGCCUUUCAACCAAUGCCUCUGUCCCUGGGAGCCGAGAUGUGGGGCCCUGAAGCCUGGCUGCUGCUGUUGUUCCUGGCAUCGUUUACAGGUCGAUGCCCCGCAGGCGAACUGGAAACCUCGGAUGUGGUGACAGUAGUGCUGGGCCAGGACGCAAAACUGCCCUGCUUCUAUAGAGGGGAUCCGGAUGAGCAGGUGGGGCAGGUGGCAUGGGCUCGGGUGGACACAAACGAGGGCACCCGAAGGCUGGCCAUACUGCACUCCGAAUACGGGCUUCAUGUGAACCCUGGCUAUGAGGAUCGCGUGGAGCAACCACCGCCCCCACGGGACCCUCUGGACGGUUCCGUGCUCCUGCGCAAUGCUGUUCAAGCAGACGAGGGCGAAUACGAAUGCAGAAUCAGCACCUUCCCGGCUGGCAGCUUCCAGGCGCGCAUGCGGCUCCGCGUUCUAGUGCCUCCUCUACCCUCAUUGAAUCCUGGUCCACCGCUAGAAGAAGGCCAGGGCCUGACGUUGGCAGCCUCCUGCACUGCUGAGGGCAGCCCAGCUCCCAGCGUGACCUGGGACACGGAAGUCAAAGGCGUAACGUCCAGUCGUUCCUUCAAGCACUCCCGAUCAGCUGCUGUCACUUCAGAGUUUCAACUGGUGCCUAGCCGAAGCAUGAAUGGACAGCCACUUACCUGUGUGGUGUCACAUCCUGGCCUGCUCCAGGACCAAAGAAUCACCCUCACCCUCCAAGUGGCCUUCCUUGCUGAAGCCUCUGUGAGGGGCCUUGAGGACCAAAAGCUGUGGCAUGUUGGUCGAGAAGGCGCUACACUCAAGUGCCUGAGUGAAGGACAGCCCCCUCCCUCAUACAACUGGACACGGCUGGAUGGGCCUCUGCCUAGUGGGGUGCAAAUGAAAGGGGACACUCUGGGCUUUCCCCCACUGACCACUGAGCACAGUGGCAUCUACGUCUGCCAUGUCAGCAAUGAAAUUUCUUCGAGAGAUUCUCAGGUCACUGUGGAUGUUCUUGACCCUCAGGACCCAGGGAAGCAGGUGGACCUAGUGUCAGCCUCGGUGGUAGUAGUGGGUGUGAUUGCUGCGCUCUUGUUCUGCCUUCUCGUGGUGGUGGUGGUGCUCAUGUCCCGAUAUCAUCGACGAAAGGCACAGCAGAUGACCCAGAAAUAUGAGGAGGAGCUGACCUUGACCAGGGAGAACUCCAUUCGAAGGCUGCAUUCCCAUCACACGGACCCUAGGAUCCAGCCGGAGGAGAGUGUAGGGCUGAGAGCCAAGGGCCACCCUGAUAGUCUCAAGGACAACAGUAGCUGCUCUGUGAUGAGUGAAGAGCCAGAGGGCCGCAGCUACUCCACAUUGACUACAGUGAGGGAGAUUGAAACACAGACUGAACUGCUGUCUCCAGGCUCAGGGCGGACAGAAGAGGAGGACGAUCAGGAUGAAGGCAUCAAACAGGCCAUGAACCAUUUUGUUCAGGAGAAUGGGACCCUGAGGGCCAAGCCCACGGGCAAUGGCAUCUAUAUCAAUGGGCGGGGGCACCUGGUCUGACCCAGGCCUGCCUCCCUCCCCUAGACCUGGCUUCUUCUGCUUACAUGGGGGGAUUUCAGCUCUUCUUGGGGGAACCUCCUUAAAUGCCUGCAUUUCUUUAGGAAGAUGCUUCCCCCUCCCCCUAGACUGCUCAGACCUUUACCUCCAACCAUUCUGUUCACUGGGAGGCCUCUACUGGUUGAGUGCCUCCCAUCAUUGUGUGUAGGUCACUGUGUGUGUGUGUGUGUGUGUGUGUGUGUGUGUGUGUGUAACCAUUCGUGGAUUGUGUGCACAUGGAGGGGUAACUCUUUGUAGUGUGCAUUGUGCUGCCCUGUUAAUAAUCCAAGUGAAUGUGGCUGUGUAUAGAACACCGUUAGAGUUUGUUUUGUGAGUAGUAUGGUUGUAUGUGACCUUUGCCUGCAGAUGCAGGUGUUUUCCUCAGACCCCAGAGCAGUAUUAGUGAUGCAGAGGCUGGAGGUAAGAGGUGGAGACUGUGGGCCAGAUCCAGGUGUGCGGGCAUAGCUGGAGCUAGAAUCUGACCUUCCAAGUGGGGGAGCCGUGUUCCUAACCACUUGGGAGCCAUGGGGGCUAGUGUGAAGCAGUCACCCAGGGGUUUCCCAGAGGCUCAAACUGUUACAGAAGCCCUCUGCCCUCUGGUGGCCUGUGGGCCUGCUGCAUGUACAUAGUUCCUGUAAAUUAACCUUCAAGGGAGUUUUCUGAGUUCUGCUCACAUUCCCUUAAUCAGAGGGAAACAAAAAUUAAAAAAAAAAAAAAAAAAA